UUCGUAGUUGCUCUCACUUGCGAUCAGUCGUUUCCCAGCGGAACUUUGCUGUUAUUCUCCACCCUCGCACGCAGGCUGUCACACUGGAGCGAAAUGAUUGUUCUUUCCAUAUUUACGUUCAUGGACAAAAGCUAUUAUUAACAUAGGACUACUUUCUACGAUCAAAAUGAAGAAAAGUGGAAUAAAACGCUCGCAUACUGAGUGGUAGGACUGAAGAAACCUGUCUUUCAACCCAUCAAGUGCCUGAGGGAGCAGAGGUUAAAUGGCAAAGUGGCUCAAAGACUAUUUGAGUUUUGGGAGCAGGAGGAUGCCUCCUCAGCCACCCAAACCAGACUACACAGAGAGUGAGAUACUGAAAGCCUAUCGGGCUCAGAAGAAACUAGACUUUGAGGACCCAUACGAGGACUCUGAGAAUCGGGCCAGAAACGAGUCUGGGUCCUCAGACUCCUCCUACCCUGCCUUUGGUUCUCCUCUGAAGUCCGCCAGCCUGGAUAUGAAGGUUGUAUCUCCCAAACAUCGCCUCAUCAAGAUGGACUCUCAGGACCUGGGGAGAACUAAGAUCUUACUGAGUGCCGUCUCGCUAGAAGAUCAAGAGCCUGUGGUUCCGUCAGCCCCAGCAGUAAGAGAUGCAGAUUAUUCUGAUCCGUUUGAUGCUCACACAAACCCCCGGCCAGAGUCUGAUCUGGGACCUGUGCACUGCGAGAACAACGGCUACAUGGAGCCUUACGAGGCCCAACGCGUCAUCACAGAGUUGCAGCACGGUCCCGGAGUGGGUCGGACACAAGGCGAGGUGCAGCUCUACGACACCCCCUAUGAGAAGGGGCGGGGGCGGCCGCUAGGGGUGGGGCUGGGGUACAGCAACCCCCUGGAGGAAGGCAGGGAGAGCCGGUUGCCGCAGGAUGACGAGCGGCCAGCAGACGAGUACGACCAGCCAUGGGAGUGGAAAAAAGAGAACAUCUCUAAAGCCUUCGCAGUGCAGUUUGAUGGUGCUGAGUGGGAACGGUCCUCGUCCCCCACCGAGCGCCUGCGUCCACCCAGGUCCAGUCCCCUGGCAGGAAGGAGCAUGAAGUUCCGGAUGCCCUGCUCUGACCCUCACAACAUGAUGGGGGAGAGAGUAGACCCCACCCUGCCCCUGGAGAAACAAGUGUGGUACCACGGGGCACUGUCGCGGUCAGAGGCAGAGACUCUGUUGACCCUGUGUAAGGAGUGUAGCUACCUGGUGAGGAACAGCCAGACCAGCCUCAACGACUACUCUCUCUCACUACGGAGCUGCCAAGGCUUCGUGCACAUAAAGUUCAGCCAGUGUAAGGAUGGGAAGUACGUCCUGGGGCAGAACAGCCUGCCAUUCAACACCAUCCCAGAGGUCAUCCACUUCUACACCACACACAAGCUACCAAUCAGAGGAGCCGAACACCUGUCUCUGCUCUUCCCUGUGCUCGUACAGACCCUCUGAUUUGAUGGUCCUGGAAUCCUGGGUCACAUUGUGAUUGGACAUUGACUUUAGAUUGUGUAAAUUCCUUUAAUAUUCAAGUCAAUCAGGCCAUCUGUGCUCUCGUUGGACUAGACUAUUUUGUUGAGGAUUCAGCAUCCGCUGGCUUGUCAGUACCUUCACGGACCUUCUCGUUUCUGUUGUGCCAAAUCUCUGUGAUCUGGGAACAGAUACAUAUGAAACGCAAUACCUGGACUGUACCAACACCUUCUCUCUGUAGCCUACCUGAGAUGCUAUCUGAACUGACUGUUGCAGAAUGAGCUUCUCACUGAGCUAGUGCUGCUGCCUGUUGUGCUGCUGCCUGUUUUGCUCCACUGGUUGACAGUCUGAGGGGAAACGUGGUUCUACUCACACAAACCUUUGUUGAUUUGAUUCUCUCUGUACUGUUAAGUAAACCUAUUUGUCAAUGCUUUAUGUUGACGAACUGGUGUCAACCCGCGUCACUUACUGUAUGGCUGUUGUAGCAGCAGCUGUGUCUGAUUAUACUACUGUUGCCGUGUGGUUGUCAUAUGAUCUGUUUGUCUGGACACUGUCACUGACUGGUUGCAGUGUUCUGUAGUUGACCAGAACAAUUUUCAAUGGUGAGACAAAGGUUUAAACUGCCAUAUAAAUGGCCAUAUCAGUGGUAAUGGGUGUUAUGGUUUAAGGAUUAUUCUUAUCUAGGUCAUCAUAAUCAAUGGCAUUGUUGUCGUCUCUGAUUGUAAUUAUGGAUAAGACGUUUUCUCAUUUACCUGCUGUGUUCAACAAUAAACAGUUUCUUAAAGA